AUUCAGAAUACACACACGGGGCUGGAUUUGUCUGUGCCGGAAUACCAGGAGAUACGUGGGAAGAUGAUGUCUGGCCAUGUAGAGUAUCACAUUGUCGUCGUCACUCGACUGGCUGCCUUCAAAUCAGCAAAGCACAAGCCUGAAGAUGUAGUUCAAUUCAUGGUUUCCAAGAAGUACAGCGAGAUAGAGGAGCUCUACCAGAAACUAGUGGCACGAUAUCCACAGGCUUCUCUUCCACUCUUGCCUAGAAAAGUUCUCUUUGUGGGGGAAUCUGACAUCUUUGAACGAAGAGCUAUGUUCAAUGAUAUCAUGAAGUUCAUCUCCAAAGAUGAAGAUCUAGCGACGAGUCCUGAGCUACUGGAGUUUUUAGGAACGAGAUCUGCUAGUGUUGUUGACUUCAAGAGUAAAAACGUUCCCGAUGACAAGGAGAAAGAAGAUGAAGAAAAUGAGGCAUUGGAUUUUUUCAGAGAAGAGAAGACACCUGACUUAAUCUCACAGUUUUCAUCAGUGGAAAAUGCCAAAGAAGGGGAGAAGAAAGAGGAGGAAGAAGAGGAAGAAGAUUUAGACCCUCUUGGUAUAAUCAGAACUAAAAAACCAAAGAAGGCAUCCUCCUCUCCAACCAAGGAAGAGAAGCCCAAAUUAAGCAUUUUUGAAGAGGAAGUAGAUCCAGAUGAAGGACUUUUUGGCCCAGAAAAGGAUUUCUCAUCCAGUGGUCCCAGGAAGAAGAUGAAAGAGAAUCUGAAAUUAUUUGAAGAUCCAGACCUUGGUGGGGUGGUGAGACUUGGUGACUCACUGCUGCUGCCAGCUGCCUGCAGGGACAGGGAGUGUGUGCUGAACACAGAUCCUGAGGAGGACACUGAGGAGCUGCUGAGAGUCGAAGAUGAUUUAGAGAAACUCUUGAAAGUAACCCCAAAACCAAAACCUAAGGUACCAUCGAAGCCACCACUGCCUCAGAAGCCAGCAGUUGUCCCCAGAAGCACUGAUUCAUCUCCACUGGCAAAGCCAAAGGAAAACAAUAUUCAGACAAUGAAUGAAGUGGACAUUCUCCGGUAUAUUCAGGAAAAUGAAUCUAUCGAUGACCAAGAUACAAGUCUUUUUUGA